AUGUCCAGAGCAAUAUUUAAAGGACAAAAAUAGACAUACUUUGGAAUAAGGGACAGUAUUUGCUAAAAGGCUCAAAUAGUGAACACUGGAAGAUCAUUAGUUAAUUAUUCUGACCUUUAUCCAGUUGCCCCCUGAAACACAAACAACAGAACCUCUUCUUCGGUCAAUGGAUCUUCCUCAACCUCCUUGUAGCGUUUGCAUUUCCCCUCUUCUCCGACGACUAUCUUCUCUCAAUUCCAUCAACUUCUCUUUGAAUUCCGUCAAAUGCCGCCACAAAACUACUUCGAAAUUUCAAACUCCCGUCGCCGGCCAAAAUGGUAGCAGCUAUUCUCCCUCAAUUCCCACACAUAAAGUCACCGUUCUCAACCGCCCACGUGCCGUGGUUCACGAAUUCCUCGUUCCCGGGUUACUAAUUCCAAAAACUUUUUCCUGCUAAAUUCGUGCGUUAUAUUUAAAAUUGUUACUUGAAGAGUUGAAUUAGAAUGCAUGACCAAUAUAUAUUGCAUACAGCAAAGGCUUAGGACAUUGCGUUCUCAUUCGCUUGCAGGAUGUUGUACGAGCUGUGCUGUUCGUGUAAAAUCAGGGGAACUUAGACAACCGGAGGCACUGGGGAUUUCUGCAGAGUUGAAGUCUAAGGGUUAUGCACUUCUUUGUGUGGGAUUUCCGUUAUCUGACCUUGAAGUUGAAACACAGGAUGAAGCUGAGGUAAUUAACCACUUGGCAUUGCAAAAGUUUGGCUUUGGGUGGCAAUAAAGAGCAAAUCUAUUUGACCAAUCAUUACCAUCUAAAUAAUCAUUUGACGUCCACCUUUUAUAGGUUCAGUUUGGCCUAUGAAGCAUGGGUACAAAAUAUAUGGCUGCAUACUAGAUUCAUACCUUUGUUAGGAAUCAACAGUUGAUGACCCUCUCUGGAUACUUACUGACGAUGUCCCAAUUUUCUUAUGUUUUUCUGUCUUUUCAACUUCAAGCCCUUAAGCAAUUGAAACUUAAGUUGCUCGGACAUGGUUGCGGGUAUCCGAUACGGGUGCGGAUCUAGAGGUCGGAUCCUUCGAGAUAUAAAUUCUAAAAUUCGGGGAUACGGUUCCUAGUACGGAUGCGAGUGCCAGGAUCAGACUAAAAAUAAUUCAAAAAAUAAAAAAUAUAAAAAUAUCUUUAAAUUAUGAGAAAUUUUGUGGAAUACUAACGUAUAACUUGUAAAGUAUGGUUUUUUUUUUUAUUCUCAAGUUGUAGAUAAGUAUAGAAUUGAUUUCCUAAAUAAGAUAUGUUAUUUUCUUCAAAUUUACCCUAGUUUCGGUUUUGAUAUCGAAUCAAUUGUAUCUCGUUUCGAAUUUUUCCGUCUGUCAUGGUCAACAACAACAACAACAACAAACCUAGUGUCAUGGUUAAAGUGCCCAAAAUUGUUUGACCACAUCCCGUAUAGAUCCCAUACCCACACCCAUACUAGUGUCGUGUCACAUGAGUGCGGCAUCUAAAUGCCGUCGGAGCAACUUAGAUUGAAACCAAAGGGCACACCAUGUUUUUCAUCUUAGGCGCAUGCCUAAUGCCAAAGUUUUCCUUUGAAUCAUCAGCAAUAAUACUUGCCAUAUCCAUGCAGCUGACACACUACCUGAAAGAGUUAUGUGCAAUACACAUUCUUUACUCCUCUAAACUUCUUCCUUUCUCACUUUCUAUAAAAGACAGUUACCCUCCCUUUUGUAGAAGCAGGAUGCAUGUGGUUCCUUUGAUAAGAAGCUUUUUCAAAAAAGAAAACAAAAUAUAGAGAAAUUGUUGCUCUAUGAGAUUAGCAAAAAUGAAUUAAUGAGUGCUUAAAUAACAAUAAUGAAUUACCUGGACCCUUUAGCCCAACCUACUUUUAGCCUAUUAACGGUGGGGCUUUUUAUUAUGAGAACUAACAAUGAGGUGUUUUGGUUUUAACUCAUGCCAUUCCCACUCAGCCCGUGCAUUUGUCACAUCAAGCCUGACCAAAAAUCUAUAGCCUCAAUUUAUGCAAAAAAUGCAGCAGAUGCAAAGCUAGUUAAGAGCGCCAAAUGACUGCGAUUAACUGCUCAGUUUAUAGUGUAUUCAUUUUCUAAACGAAUGGCUAGAAAGAAAAAAUUGAUCUCUUAGAGGACUAGACAAGAAGCAGAUUUGUGACUCUGUUCGAACAGGGCUAAGCAAAAAAGGCAGCAACAUGUUUGUUCUUUGGCCUUCCAGUUUCUUCUAUAGUGUGUUGCUCUGGCAUACGUUCUUUGCGAGAUGUGAUGUUCAGAUGAGCCUGCAACAAACUUUUCAUAUUUCAAUAGAUGUAUUAACCUUUCUGACUGCUUUAUUUUCCGCGAGACACUAAAGUUACGAGUAUUGUAUUCCCAGUAACCAGAUGGAAUUCAUGUUUUCCUCUUUGAACAUUUUAGAGAUUUUAGCUUAUUACAUGUAGUAUUUUCAUGGAAACUUUACCUCGAUAGAAAAUUAUAUCAGUAGAGCAUGAAGCUUUGCUGAUAUUUUUGUAGUUGAAAUGGUGGGGUUUACAGUAAAGGUACUGACAGCUAUUUUCAGAACUCCCCUCUGAAGUUUUAGCCAAAUGAUCAAUUGUGUAGUUUUGAUCUAUUAUGCUACCACGGACCUGACAUCAUGUGGUAUAUUCAGGUAUAUUGGCUUCAAUUUGGGUGAUAUUUUUUUCGAGGACCUAUUGUAAGUUCUACGUUUCUGUAAUUUCCUAUUAAUGUAAGAAAGCAGUCGAGAGGGGAUACUGAUGAUGUAAGAAAGGACAAGUAAUACAAGUUGCUCUAAGUUCCUAAGGUUUACUUUUCCCUGUUGCAGGAGAGAAAUGAUUAUGCAUUGGAAUUAGCAAUGGGAGAUGAAUAACCUGUCAAGAGUUUAGAGAAUGUGAAGUCAAAAACAAAUGUGUAAUUUUCUUACCUCUCGUUGUAUAUCUGGGGUAAUAUGCUCUCCAUUGCCUUUUCCUCAUUGGGUUGGCCGUGCUCUUGUACCGUUAGUAUAAUGAAUAAAAAUUAAUGUUCUCUUCCUUGUCAGAUAGGAGCCUGCUUAAUGACAUCUUGUUAUGCCCUUAAUGUAUUUGAAGUUUUGAAGA